GAUCAAGAAGAGGCUGCUGGUCCAAGCCCAUGAGAAUGGGAAUGGCCAUGGCCAUGCCAAUGGAGGAGGAGCAGAGGAGCCCGAGGCUGCUCCCGAGGUGGAGGAGGAGGAGGAGGAGGAGGAGGGUCCUGAAGAGGAGCAGCAGCGUCACAAGAGUAUCUUCUUGGAUGCAGCCAAAGGAGACAACUCCUGUUGCAGUGAUUUCAGGCUCCACCUGCCUCUCAUUCCUUAAUUUGUCCAUUUCUGGAAAAGCAAUAAUUCUCCAAAAAGUAACCCAUAUGUGCUCUGCAAAACUAACUUUGUCAUCUUGCAAGAGCUCUAGCCAGUGUCUGGAUGGUGAAAAUGUGAGAAAAUUUCAUUACUGCUGCUGUCUCUGCUCCCUAAUCAGUUUUAUUUACCUGGGAGGGAUCAACAGGAUGCACUGAUUGUUGCAUCCAGUGUCCUGGAGAUCUUAUUCAGAAACCAGACGAAAAAGGACACGCGAAACAUCGCUCUCAUCUCAUCUAGGCCUCACUCUGAAUCAUUGGAAACCUUCUGCUGACCACUCAAUUCACUGAUAUGUAGCCUUCCAUGGCAGAUGUCGACGGCGACUCGGAGGCUCCCCGGAUCCGCAAAGUCUUUCUUAAAAUUUAUCAUUGAGAUUAGACACUAACUCUCUCUUAAGAUUAGCUUUCUAUUGCUUCACCGAAGCGUGGUCGUUUGAUAAUAAUAUGGUAAAGCUAGUUUUCUAUUGCUUUACUGAAAGGUUAGCUUUCUAUUGCUUCACUGAAGGGCUAUGGAAGUGCCGGCACUGCGAUUGGACGUACCGCCUGAGUAGUCCGUGCGGAAAUGGUACCAUAGAUCAUCGAGGCUAUCGCCACCGAAUCGAACGGAAUAUCGAAUCGUUAGUUGAGAAGAAAGGAUCGUUUUAUGGUUCACCGAAAAAGUUCCUGAUAUUAUUAGUGAGGUAAGUGCCAGAUAUUUGGUCACGGGAACGAUGCGAUCUGGUGACGAAAAGGAAGACGCAGGUGAAACUCCGAGUACAAAAGACAAGCAGCUUGAAGCACAUGAAAAUGGCAGUGUUCAAGAAAUCAACCAUGGCCCAAGCAACCGCGAGUUAGAAAAUGGAUCACACUCAAAUGGUUCACAUCAGGUCCCCAACGGCGCUGAACCUAAGACAGAGUACCUGUUCGAAAUCAACAAGACUGAAAUUCACCCAACUGAAGUUGACAAGGACGAACCGGUCACCGAGGCUCAACCGAAGGUCGAAGAGUACGACCUCGAGAAGAUUUUGGACCAGCAAGAAACUCAUGACCUGUUCUGUCCCAACUGCAAGUCGUGCAUAACUCGGAGGGUGAUCCUCAAGAAGAGGAAAAGGACAGUAAGGCCAGCAACCCCCGAUGGACCGUCGAAGAGACCGUACACUGAAGAAGUGCUAGUGCCACUGCCUUCUGCUACUCUAUCUCGAAGUGAUGAGCAAGAGUCACCCGACGUGUUCAGAUGUUUGUCAUGCUUCUCCUUCUUCAUUCCAGCAGCAGGAUGCAGUUUCAACAUAUUCCGUAUAUUUGGGAGGAGGGAUGUGGACGGACAACCUGAUGUUCUGCCUCCUCCUGCAUCAGAGGACACGCCUCCUCGCUCUGAAAACUGCACAAGCUGGCUUCUGUCAUGUUUCCAGCCAGGAGAUAGCCCAAACCAACCUGCUCCUGCUGCAGAUCCACUGACGGUACCGCAGUCGACAGUCGAAUCUUCUUCGGAGAACCAAGCUGCUGAAGAUCCAGCGACGAUGCCACUGCAGUCCGAGACGCGGAACUCCAAUGAUACAACCACAACAACUGAAUCUAGCACAUCCUAUAUUCAUCAUAGUCAUGGCACAGUUGUGAAACCAGAGCACUCAAUAACCGGAUCAUCGUCGGAAGAUCAGACGACGACAACCACCACAACUAGGACGACGAAAGCAACAUCUACGUCAUCCUCUACAGCCACAUCAAAAGCAGCUAACACAUCAUCUCGCACACAGUCUGCUACAGAAUCGUCGCGUGCAGGGAUCUUCCACACAGACACACUGGAAGUGAUAACCGGUGAAAUGCCUCCCCCGAAGCCUGCCGGUGGUGCUAUCAUGGAUGGAAAUCACCACCUACUAGGCCAUGAAGAUGUUCACAGAGCUGCAACGACUACCUUCGAGAAUGGCUUUACAACCCAUUCAGUUCACACAUCAGGAACGAAGGUCGAUGGCCCGAAUGUGACGAAUAUCGCGAGGGGCGACAUAUCAACUACGCCGAUUCCUGAAGCAACAGGUCCACAUCAUGUAGCGGUAUCAGUCCCUGAAGAAGUGAAUCUGGUUGCUCCUAGACCACAACAGAGGGAUGACUGGGAUAUACUGAAAGCUAUAGUGUAUGGAGGCUUAGUGGAGUCAGUCACCAGCCUCUCUGUUGUUUCGGCGGCAGCAUCAAGCGGCGCCAAAACAUUGGACAUAUUCAUCUUGGGCAUGGCCAACCUUAUCGGAGGGCUCCCUCUCGUUUACCACAAUAUCGCCGAUCUGAGAGAUGUCCGAGACGUGAGCGACGACAACGAGCGGGUCGGACACUACUGGCUGCAGCUCGGGAGGCGGUCGAAAGCCCGGCUCCACAUGGUCCUGGCCCUGCUCUCAUACAUGGUGUUCGGGCUACUUCAACCGGUUGUCUACGGGCUGUCGUUCCGCGAGAGCAACAACAGGGAGAACAAGAUGAUGGCCGUCGCCGGCGCUUCCCUCGCGUGCAUCGCUCUGCUGGCGCUCGGAAAGGCGCAUGUCCAGACAGCACCCAGGGCAUACUUCAAGACCCUCGUGUACUACCUGACGAUCGCCGUGAGCUCGUCGGGGCUGUCGUACGUCGCCGGCGUGCUCAUCACGAGGCUCCUGGAGCACUUUGGUGUCAUCGAGCAAGGCGGGUCGGCUGCUCCUGCUCCUCCAGGGCUGUCGUUCGCUCAUUCAGUGGGUGCACAAACAUCUGCCUGGGCCUCAUUCUAAAGUCUGAACUCUGAAGUUCAUGGGAACACUGGUGCAAAAAAAGAAGACAUGUAGGAGGUGCACACUAGGAGAUGUAGCACUAGCUAGAUUACCUUGUGCCACAUCUUGGGCUUCAGUUAGUACUAAAACAUGAGGGCACACAUUUUUGUUUGUUCAUAAAUAGUUUGGAUUGCUUACCACAUGCGUCACGUGAAGGCACA